AUGAUCAAAGUGGCUUGGCCUAAUGAAGCACCCCGUGUUACAAUUGAACGAUUGGAUGAGCCAACAUAUUAUGAGUCGGCAUACAGUUAUGCAACUGAUGCGGUCAGUGAUGAGAAGCCCUGGUUCUAUGGUGUUAAGAGGCACCUUAAAGGUCAAGAAUAUCCUAAGGAUGUGUCUGUGUCAGACAAGAAGACUUUGAGAAAGUUGGCAGCAAAGUUCUUUCUCAAUGGUGGGGUUUCGUACAAGAGAAAUUAUAAUUCGGUGUUGCUCAGAUGCGUGGAUAGACACGAAGCAGCAAAGAUCAUAGAAGAAACACAUGAAGGUGCAUUCGAAACACAUUCUCGUGCUAUUAAUUACUUCACCAAAUGGGUAAAAGCUGCAUCAUAUGCAAACGUUACCAAGCAAGUAGUCGCACGUUUCAUCAAGAGAGACAUCAUAUGCCGAAAUGGGGUUCCUGAGAGGAUUACCACUGAUAAUGGAUCCAAUUUGAACAACAAAAUGAUGAAGGAGUUGUGCGAAAGUUUCAAGAUCAUGCAUUAUUAUUCUUCUCCUUACAGACAAAAAAUGAUUAGUGUUGUUAAGGCUGUUAACAAGAAUAACAAGAAGAUUGUGCAGAAAAUGGUUAUAACCUAUAAGGAUUGGCAUGAGAUGUUGCAUUUUGCUUUGCAUGGGUAUCGUACUUCAGUGUGCACAUCGACUGGGGAAAAUUUGUUCUCUCUUGUGUACAGUAUGGAAGCCGUAUUGCUAGUGGAAGUGGAGAUUCCGUCUUUAAGGAUUAUUCAGGGCGUGAAACUCGAAUAA